CAUGACAUUUUGCGUAUCGUGAUUCUCUUCCAUCUAACCGCAAUACACAUAUUUACAUCUUUUUCGGUGAUAAUUUUUCUCUUUUUUUGAAAAAUAAAAGUACGAUGUCAUUACCAGCGACUGGAUCGCUUUCUCGAUCGGCCGGAUUGAUUUCGGCCAUAGCCAAAAAUGUGAGAUUACUCAAUUUGAAAGCAGUUAAAAGGAUUACAGUUUCAUUUGAUCCAUUUGUCGAGAAUGUCAAACAAACAAGAGAGGUUGUAUUUCAAUUGUCGGUUGGAAGAGUCCAAAGAACAAAUCCAGGCUGCAUAUUCAGAACGAAUGUGGUUUGUGACAGAAGUGAUCCACAAUUCAUCGUAGACCUAAUUCCAGAAGUACAUGAGACGGCCGGUUUUAAUACAGUAAAAAUCAACGCAAAACAUUUAACAGCAUUGGAAAUACUGGAACUAUUUAAUAAACAUAUUACCGUUUUGGCACCCAAGGAAGAAAAGGUCCAACCAAUUUCAACAAAAUCGAAAAAGAAGAAAUAGUAAACCAAAAUCCACAUUGCAUUAACAAUACAGCGUUUGUUGAAUAGUGCAGUUAAACCAUUGUUAGAUUGUAGUCGACGUUAAAAAAAAA